UAAGUAGUGUCGCUGCGAUCGCUGCCGAGAAGGUCGAAGUUACGACAUCGGGAUUGAGUGUUGAGAAUACAUUCGCUCCCGGUUUACAGGGAUAUUUUACUUCUGUGAAUAUAGGAAACAUAUCAAACUGGCUCAUCGAUGACAGAAUACAAAUUGGUAGUCGUUGGAGCGGGUGGUGUGGGGAAAAGUGCUCUAACCAUCCAGCUCAUACAGAACCACUUCGUAGAAGAAUAUGAUCCCACCAUAGAGGAUUCUUACAGAAAACAAGUCGUAAUUGACGACGAAACAUGUCUACUAGACAUUCUGGAUACUGCUGGUCAAGAGGAAUACAGUGCCAUGAGGGACCAGUACAUGAGGACGGGCGAGGGCUUCCUCUGUGUAUUUGCUGUAAACAACCUCAAAUCUUUUGAAGACAUCAACACCUACAAAGAGCAGAUUAAACGGGUAAAAGAUGCUGAGGAAGUCCCCAUGGUUUUGGUGGGAAACAAAAUGGACUUACAGGAGCAACACAUGGUAGAGGAUAAGGAUGCCAAGGCUUUGGCCAACAGUUACAAUAUCCCUUACGUACGCACCUCGGCUAAAACAAGACAGGGUGUCGACGACGCUUUCUACUCCCUAGUACGCGAAAUAAGGCUAUAUAAAGAUAAAAAAGGCAAACAUCCACGAAAGAAGAAGAGAUUUUGUGCGCUCAUUUAAUAUGACACAAAUUUUAUAUUGACUCUUCCUGAUAUAUAUUUAUAUAUAUCUGUACAACACCAGUUAUUUGCCCCUCUUCCUCACUAUGACCACUAGGUGGUGCAGUUUUUUUUUCAGCAACAACGUAACAGGAAACAAUGAAAUCGACUGAUAGUUGUUUUUUUUUUAUCUGAAAUAUUCGUUUUCCUUUACAAAUAUAUAUUAACAGGUAGAAACUACCAAGAAUGAAGUAUAUCUUAUGUAGAUCUAGGAACAGGAGUUGGUUUUAUAUAUAAUUAAUCAUUGAUUUGAUGCUUCAGUAGACUGACCACAGUUUAAAGCUUCAGCUUAUCUCACUUGUUUAUGAUUUUGUUUUAAAUUGUGAGCAUGGUCUUCCACAAAUUUUCUAAAAAGUACAAACAAAUCCAUGGACACGUGUUUGAUUAGAAAGAAUUGACACAGUAUCAACAAGUCAGGAUUUUCGAAAGUAUUACUGAAUGUUUCUUCUAGUUUUUGUAUGUAAUUAGGAAAAUAUUUUUAUAUAAGGUUUGAAUCCAGUCGAAGUGAAAAGAGAGUUAAAGGCAUUACAGAGAAUCUGCUGCAUCUUUCCUUAACAAUUUCAAAAGACAAGAAUGAGUGAAAUAGACAUUGUCUACACAGCCCAUUUAACCUUAGCCUACUAGUCAGAAUCAUUCAAGCAAAUUCUCCUGUUAAUUUUUUCCAUCAAAAUAUCUGUCAUUUUUAAGUAAUUUACAUUUUUUUUUUUUUUUAAUUUUUCAUUAAAAUAUUUGCAUAUUUUAUUCCAAAACUAAAAUAAUUUGUAAUGGAUUCAAGUGAUUUGUAAUCUAAUUAUAAAAUAUAUUCAAAUUUGUUUGUAUUGAACUAAGAAUGUCAAUUGAAAAUAAACAGGAAGUCCACAAGAUUUACAUUUUAUUAACGGAAAUAGGCUUGAACAGAAGCAUUGUCUAUUGAACUGGGUCAACUUGUUACAGCAUGCCGUGCUAGUCGUUGUAGCAGGUAUAUGUUGAUGAUGAUACUACAAAGUGGGUAUACAGUUUCCUUAAACAUUUAUAAGCUUCUUGUGUUGUAGUUCCCAGUGUAAAUUGUAGCAGCUUGCCAAGAUUUUUUUUUCUUUUUACAAAGCACUGUUAAAAAGUCACAACCAUUUCUAAUUGUACAUAUUACAUGUAAAGAUGUACCUAGCAGUUACUAUUGUGUGCUUUUUUACAAUGGAUUAUGAUCUAGGAUAGGAAGAGAUGUAUUAUAGGGGGAUUGCCCCUAAUAGUACCACCCUCUGUGUCAGAACCACGGGAACAUAACACUAUAGUAUUGUAUGGUUAGUGUGUAUACCCACACAGAUGUAUCCAAUCUUGUCAAAAUAAUGGUUGACUGCUCCGCAUCUCCAUCUUACAUUCCUCCUCGAUUACCACCUUCUUGAUAGCUUUUUAUACACGGUGUCCUCGUCAUCAGAGCUUUUUUACUGUAUUUGAUAGGUAGCGGUCUAUGUGUAUCGUGAACUUGCUGUGUGUUCAACUUAAUUUGUAUCUGUUAAAAACAUUUGAUCUGUAAGGCUGUGGACCUUGUUUUUUCUACCAUUAUCUAAUACCAACUAGAAUUUCUAUAACAUAGAUGUUGUCGUAUACGAUAUGUGAUCCCGAUAUUGUACCACAUCUGUAAUGCUAGGGAUGUUGUCGGACAUCUAUCACUAAUGAUGUACAAACUUAUCAUACAGCUGAAUAAACACAGAUUUCUCAUGUAAAAAGUACUGACACUGUUUUGUACGUUUGAUACAAGGUAUUUUGCAUUUAAACAAAGUUCUGACAUCACCUUGUGCAUUUUAUACAAUGUACAUGCAGACUUACGAUGUUACAGACCAGAUACGUACAGACUUACGAUGUUACAGACCAGAUACACGUAGACUUACGAUGUUACAGAGACCAUCACUAACGUAUGAUCAUACACUGAUCAGUAUGGUAUUGAAUCUAUCCAACAAUAUAUAACAGGCAUAUUUUACUGUUGAUAGGUCAACAUCUCACAGGAUAUUAAAAUUUGUGUUAAGUUCAUACAAAUCCAGGGUGAAAUUGUUUAAAUGUUAUUAUUUUAGAAAAUUGUAUCGACCAUAGUCAAUAAUUAUUGAUAUAAGACUACAUUUACUUGGCAUGUUACAGUAGAACUAAUAUCUUAUACUGCUCUCAGUUGGUUUGUGUAUUAUACAAUUUAUAUAUCUCUUAGUGUGAAUUCUCCAAGAAUUAAAUGUGUGUCAUUUAAAAUGCUUUCAAUUUCAUGCUUUAAAAGAUAUUAUUUAUAAAGGGAUACAAUUUAUAAUUAAAAAUUA